ACAUUUAUCCACCAUAUAGCCAACCAUUUUAUCCACAUCUUAGCACUAGGCUGCUUUUAGCUUUUCACUAUUUAUCCAUAGUUUUUAGCUAUUUCAAUCACUUACCCACAACUUUUAUCUUACUGUUUCAAACAUUUAUCCCAGCCCAACUAAACUAACUCCUCUUAACUUUUAGCUAGCUGUUUUAACUAGUUAUACAGUACAUUUAUCUGUUACUUUUGUCUUUGACUAUUUUUUAUCCACUAUCUUUAGCUCAACCAUUUUCAGCUAUUUCAAUCAUCUGUCCCAUUACAUUUAGCUUUUUCAAACAUUUGUCAGUUACUUUUAGCUAAUGUAUCCAUUUAGCCUAAUUUAAUCUCUUUUAACCAUUUAUCCAUUACUUCUGGCUAUUUCACCGAUUUCCAUUAUUUGUAACUAACUUUUUUUCAACCAUUGUUCAUUGCUAUUUGAUUUCUUUUAGCUAAGGAUUGCUACUCUUUAUCCUUUACUUUUAGCUUUCCAUUUAUCUAUUAUCUACUAGCCUCUUUUUAAGCUUUUUUUCCACCUCUUAUCCUUUAUACUUCACUAUCUAUUGUAAUCCAGUUCAUUUAUUUAGUAGCUAUUUUAAAAAUUAUCCACUGCCUUUAGUUAUUACAAGUACUGAGUAUGAAGUGCACAAAAAGAAGUAGAUAAUGAUGUUUCCCCUCCUCUUUUUUUCUCUUAACAGGUAGUUGUUGCACUGGCAUUGAGAAGAAACAUUUAUUACGCAACACUUUUCCCAUCAACUGUAUUUACUGUAUUUACUGUUUCCAGUAAAUCAUUUGGGGAGCAGAUAGUUAUCACUUGUUCCGGUAACAAAUACCUGUAACUGUGUCAACCUGAAGCAGGACAUGACAGUAAUUCUCAAUUUCUGAGAACGAGAGCCUUUAAUGGGAAUACAUCCUUGCAGAACUCACAGGGCUUCAUUUGAAGAAUGUAAUAAUAGGCCCUUUUGACAUUUUGACAAGUCACAGCAGGAGUAACACAGGUGUAAAUUAUACAAAUUUCAGGUUCAGUUUCCUGGUUUUGUGCAUACUGAUUGACCAUCAUAUGGUGUGGCUCACCGGGAAACUAGAAUAGAGCCAACAUUAAGACUUGCGCUUUUCCCUCCGUGACAAGUCAAACUUUAUGCUGUGAAAAGGCUUGUUAAAAUGAUAUACUCAUGCCUUUAAGCCUUUGCUUUGUGUUCAGGAAAAAAACAAGUUAUGCUCAUCAAGUAAACACAUCAGUCAAAUAUGAAUUAGAAUAAAGGAUGAAUUGACUGAUCUUGGUUUUAGGUUUACUGCCAGUGUAUCAGGAAAGCUUGGUUUUUGUAUCAAAAAACUGCCAAUUUAGGCAAAGUUUAACUGGUUUUUCCCCCCAAUUGCACAACACAGAAACUAAUUAGAAACAUGUAUGAAAAGCAAAAAACUGCAGUUCUGUUUCUAGAUAAUGUUCUAUUAAUAGAACUAAAGGAAAGAGUUCAUGCAUUUUUUCAGCUUUUGAGCAAUUAAUAGUCACAUUUUUCCUUGCUAUUUUUUAAAAUAAUUUUUUUAAUGUAUGACAUUGUGUUGCGUGUCUGCAGCGUCUUUAUACCAUUGCACCUAUCAGAAGCAGGAACAAAGACUCAGUCAGCCUCAAGACCAGAAAAAGGCUCAAGACUGUUGCAGGAAUGUGGAGUCUUUAUUGUUACUAUUCAGUCAAGGAAAUGUAUCAUUAGGCGUUUGAGGUUUGCAAACAACAUGAUGGGUCGGAAGUUGUAUAUAGACAUACAAUGUGAUAGCACAGAUAAGGCUGGAACAUUGGUAAAGUGAUCCAUAUGUUGUCAUGGGACCCGUCACGCAUAAAUUGCACAAAAUGUACUUCUGUAAAGAAAAUGUAUAAUGACUUUGUUGAGCUAUGUAAUAUUGCCUCAGUGUCCUCGUUAUGUCAGAAAAUGUCGUAAAUGAUGUAUGCACAAUGGAAUUUCAAAAGGGGGAAGUUGAAGGCAUGUUAAAGGUGACAGUUUUGCUGUCAGCAUCAGUGGAGUGUGGCUCGGCGUGUGUGCGUGUAUGUGUGUGCGCAUAGCAUCAACACCAUGACCUGUCUGCUGCUCGGAGCCGUGUUGCUGGGAAACCUGGCCGCCUGUGUCACAGCACAAGAUCCCGUGGUGCUUGCUCCACCUGCCCAGGUGAGGUUUGACUCUGUGGACUAUAAAAACAUCCUGCGCUGGACUGCACCCCCCAACAACAACUCACUGCAGUACUACGUCCAGUGGAAGAUUUAUGGUGAGCCUCAGUGGUUGGAUGUGGACGGCUGUCAGGGGAUCCAGAAUCAUCAGUGUGACCUCAGUGCCGUGACCUCUGACCUCAGAGAGUGGUACUAUGCCAGAGUGCAUGCUUCCUCUCUGCCCUCCAGCAAAUCAGCCUGGGCCCUUUCCCCCAGAUUCAGCCCCCGCUGGGACACCAAAAUCAGUCCCCCUGCACUGAGGCUGAAUGUCACAGAGCAAGGGAUUGUGGUCCGUGUGAAGCCCCCCCGACUGCUGGUCCGGAAGAUGCCCAGCAGUAUGCACUACAACAUCUACCUCAUACCCACCAGUGGAGAGGAGGAGGUGUUUGAGAUGGACUGUUGUUCUAACAAGCUGACUCUCAAGGAGCUUAAGCACAAGGCAAAUUACUGCUUCCAAGCCCAGACCGUGAUAACCUUGCAGGCCAAGAGCAGCGCUCGUAGCUCUCUGAAAUGUGCUACUAUGCUCUGAUCACACACAGACAAACUCUACCAACAUGAUACACUAAAUGAGUGGACCUGUCAUCCAUCAGUUUUCAUUAUCCAUCGCUACCUCGACGGCUGCAGCCACAAAAAUCCGUGCCAAUAAAAGUGAUGCACUUUAUUACUCAAAGCAUUAAGGAUCUGACAGGUGGUUUGAACUGUGUAGGUUUAACUCUCACUUUGAACUGAACAUUUGACUUGAAUAAUUUCAGCCUCCAGGACACUGUAACUGCACUGUUUCACUUUUCUUUUUUUUUUUUUUUUAAGUUAAAUUAAUAGCUUUGUCAAAGGUUAUGUAGAAAUCUUAUUUUAUUUUGGUCUUUACUUUUCUAUCUACAUUUGAAACAGCUUACUAGGAUUAUCACAAUAAUUGGCUAUAUUGUUGCAUUAAAGCUAAAUGAUAUUUAAGCCUAAAGUUUAGGCUUGCUGCUGCUUACUGCUGCUUUUGAUCUUCCCCCUGGGUACCAAUAAAGUUUAUCUAUUUAAACAUAAUAAUAAUAAUAAUAGUACAGAUAAUUUACUCAGUUUAGGACCAAAACUGAUCUAUUUUAAUAGUUUGCAGAAGUUACCUCAACACUCAACUGACCAGUGCAGCCAAAGCUGGUUUAUAUCCAGAUCAGCCCACGAGGAUCAAUGAAUGUAAUCUUUUAGUUAGCUUUUAUCACAGAGCUUUUCUUAAAAUUGAAUUAGCAUUACUGUGAAGAAGCGGUUCUUGCUGCAUGUGCCUCGUCACAAAUAAAAGCCACAGACACUGUU